AAAAGUCAAUAACAGGAAUGGCAAAUUUAACCGUAUCUCAAGACCUACCAACAAAUGAAUCAGCUGAGCAAACACAAGAGAAUUCAGCCAACUUCAUCGUCGGAAUUGUGCUGCUUGUAAGCGCGUUCGUCGGCUGCAGUUUGGCCGUGCUAGCCCUUGGAAGAGACUUCUUUAUCGGCAAAAAUCCUCCGGUGGUUUUUGUGGGCGCUUUAGUAUGGGUCGAUUUUAUUGGAUUGCUGUCAACGGUAGUCCUUGUUUUCCAAGGCUUUGUAAAAGGAGGAGAAUGGAUAGCGAAGUCACCACAAUGUAGCUUACAGGCGUUCUUUACCACUUCGUUUGGUUUAUCGUCAGGCGCUGUAGUCACCCUUAUGUCUUUAGACCGUGUGGUGUCGCUUUACAAACCUUUCUUCUAUAAACGACACGCUACUCCUUGCCUUACGCGGACACUUUGUAUAAUUCCUACGCUGUUUUGUAUGACAUUGGCAGCCCUCCCCUUCGCUGGUAUUGGGCAAUAUAAGUUUAAUCAAACUUCUAGAUCUUUUUGUAAUUUUGACUGGUUCCCCACCACACUCGCAGACACAGUUUACAUCCUCGCUAUAGCUGCAUGUGGAGUACUUCUUAUAUCGCUCAUGACGUUAUCGAAUAUCGUCGUGUUUGUCAUUGUAGUAAGGAUACGAAUGCGAAUGGCCGCGGUUUUACCGUCGGAAAUGAAUGCCCGGCGCCGAGCGCGGAGGAUUACUUUCUGCCAAGAGGAGCGCAUGGCAAAGUUUGUGGCUCUGGUAUCCAUUGUUUUUCUCGUUACUUGGUUACCAGUAACGCUCCGCCUCUUCUGUAAUGUAUUCCGAGCGUAUCCUAGCAACUGGCUAGACAAUUUCUCCCUCAGACUAAUUAUAGUCAGUUUCUUUCUGGAUCCGUUUACUUAUGUACUUUUCAAGAAGAAUUUCAAAAGGAAUUUAAAGCGUUCCAUCACUGACUUGGCAGACUUCCUCAGCGAUGUUGGAUUUAAUAAGAGCCUCAAGAGACAGAUCACACGAGGGGAUAGUGAGGCCGGAACUGAAAUGCCGGCCAACAUGUCUGGGUUUGGACUCGGAAAGAUUGGAGAAGCAACGGUGAUUGAAGCUGAUCAGCCUCGCAUUUUAGAGACUGAAACUCCUGUCUCUAAAUCAACAAGUUGAAAGAUCUAAUAGAAAUAAAAAUUUAAAAAAACGUGCGACGGACUCAUUAAUUAGCACGUUCAAUGCAAAGCAGUUUUUAAUUUGAAAGAGAGAAAAGAAUAGUAUCGUUCACGUUUAAAAUUUUGAAAUUUUAAAAAAAAAUUAAUAAUAAUGUUUAUCUUAAUAAUUAUAUGUAUUUUAGCUUUUUAUCUUAGGAACUAGCUUAUAGUGUAGGACAGAUGAAGCUUAGAGUAGGUGUAGGUGUCAUAUAUUAGUACGGACUUUUAGUCGAGCUAGAAUACUAUGACACGUGAAUAAAGUUGGAUUGAUUGAUUGA